AGAGCUUCAUUCGUCAGAAUUACUUAAUUGUGGCUGAACGAUCAUAGUGAUUCGUCAGAUGUUCAUUGUAAAAUAUUUGGAUAAGCAAAUUUAUAUACGUAAGUUUAGUGUAAAUAACUAAUAGUUUACUGCUGUGAUAAAAUCGUAUCAAGGUGACUCACGGAUUUUCACUAAAAUCAUUGGUAAUAAGUCAUCACUCCGCUGACCAUAAUUGUUGUCUGUCAAAAGAAGGAAUCGGAAAUCCGUGCAACAUUUCGUUUAUUUUGACGCUAUGUUCCAUCUGCAAAACACUAAUUCGACUCCAAAAAGUCAAAAUGACACAAACAGAUAAUAGAAGCUAUUGAUUCAACAAAUAACCUAUAAACCAGUGUUGAAAGGUGUGGAAAAUGUCGACGGAUGAACUGACUCGAGGGAUGGGAAAUUCAACCAUGGACGAAGCCGGUCAUUCGGUGACAAGCAUGUCACAGAAUAUCCCGGGAAAUGCGGAAUCAAAUUCUCCGAGGAGCACAGAUCAAGCGAGUCGACAGAACAAUCUUCAGCGAAUCCAACAAAGAAAGCAGCAAGUUUUUAACUGGCCACAGUUAAAAAAAUUGUUGAAGCUGGCGAAUUACAGUGCUUGCCAAGUGGAGGAUUGCAAAUGUAACGGCUGGAAGAAUAGUCAACCAUUGACCAAAUCCCCUAAGAAUGAUCUGCAACUUCCAGUCACAAAUUUCUUCGAUCCUUGCAGAAGUUGUACUCACGUUCUGGAAAAUCACAUAACGCACUUGCCAACGCAGUCGGACGACGAGAUCAACAAGUUGUUGGGAAUGGUGGUUGACGUUGACAAUAUUUUCAUGGGAAUGCACCGAGAAGAAGACAGCGACACGAAAAAAGUCUAUUAUUAUUUGUUCAAGUUGCUGCGAAAGUGCAUAUUGUCAAUGACCAAACCAACGAUCGAAGGGCCUUUGGGACAACCGCCUUUUGAGAGGCCGAGUAUAGCGAAAGCGAUAACGAAUUUCGUCCUCUACAAAUUCGGGCAUUUGUCUCAGAGAGAAUGGCAAGCGAUGUACGAUUUGGCAAAGAUGUUUUUGCACUGUUUGAACCACUGGAAUUUUGAGACUCCGAGCGCUCGUCGAACGACCGUAAACGCGGACGAGGCACCGGCGUACAAAAUAAAUUACACGAGGUGGCUCGUCUUUUGUCACGUUCCAGCUUUCUGCGAUUCUCUGCCUCACUACGACACGACCCUGGUGUUCGGUCGUACGAUGCUUCAGGCCGUGUUCAAAUCGGUCUGCCGUCAACUGAUGGACAAAUGUCACGGAGAGCGAGACCGUAUGUCACCGGAGAAGCGAGUUCUGGUAUUAACGCAUUUCCCCAAAUUUCUUUCCAUGCUCGAGGUCGAAAUAUAUUCAGACAAUUCGCCGAUAUGGGAUCCAGAGUUCAAGCAAGUGCCACCACCGCAUUUGCAAGUCGCGCUCGAGUCCAAGGGCAGUUUGGCCCGAUCGCGGGGCGUCGCAACCGGUGAAUUUGAAAAAGUCACCGUCACUCCCAACGACAAAGACAAUUUCACGACGAUAAACAUCAGCCCGGGUAUGAAGAAGAUUCACGAGAAGAGGUCUCACAGCGAGGGUAAGACCGAAGCUAAGAGGCGAAAAAACGAAGAAGCUUUCGAGGACUUGCCGGAGGAAACCGUAGCCGAGAUAGUUGCGACUAUAAACGAUCCCAAUUACAUGUGCGGACCCGACGCGGUCUUUCCUCCCAACGCACCGCGUGACGAAACCGCUAAGCUCGAGGAAAGUCGCAAAAUCAUAGAGUUUUAUUUGAUCGGAAACAGCCUGACUCAACCGGUAACGAAGCAAACGAUGCUCUGGCUAAUCGGUCUUCACAACGUCUUCAGUCAUCAAUUGCCUAGAAUGCCAAAAGAAUAUAUCUCCCAAUUGAUAUUCGAUCCGAAGCACAAAACCCUCGCCCUCAUCAAAGACGGUCGCCCGAUCGGUGGCAUUUGCUUCCGGAUGUUUCCGACCCAGGGCUUCACCGAAAUAGUUUUCUGCGCGCUCACCAGUCAAGAGCAAGUCAAAGGUUACGGGACCCAUAUGAUGAACAUGCUCAAGGAUUAUCACAUCAAAAACAGCAUGCUCCACUUUUUAACCUUCGCCGACGAGUUUGCGAUCGGUUACUUCAAAAAGCAAGGAUUUACCAAAGACAUCAAAUUACCACGCGCCAUGUACCAGGGCUACAUCAAAGAAUACGAGGGCGCGACCCUCAUGCACUGCGAAUUCAACGCCAGGAUCGUCUACACCGAAUUCACCGCGGUUAUCAGAAAGCAAAAGGAAAUAAUCAAGAAACUCAUUCAGCAGAGACAGCAGGAGAUACAAAAAGUUCAUCCCGGUCUCACCUGCUUCAAAGAGGGCGUACGAGGCAUACCCGUCGAAUCUAUUCCCGGAAUUCGGGAGACCGGGUGGAAAAGCUAUUCGCAAACGAGAACGAGAGGCGUCGCCAAAGGGACUCAAGGCCCCGAGCCCAUGGAAGCCUGCCUCGAUAUUACCGACUCCCUGUACAACGCCCUCAAAAACGUUCUCAACAGCGUCAAGAAUCACAGCACCGCGUGGCCCUUCCUCAAACCCGUUGACAAAAAUGACGUGCCUGAUUAUUACGACCACAUCAAAUAUCCCAUGGAUCUCAAAACUAUGACCGAUCGUUUGAAAGCUCGAUACUACGUAACCCGGAGAUUAUUUAUUGCCGACAUGACAAGAAUAUUUACGAACUGUCGAUUGUACAACAGUCCCGACACCGAGUAUUACAGAUGCGCCAAUGCUCUGGAAAAGUAUUUUCAAACGAGGAUGAAAGAGAUUGGAUUGUGGGACAAAUAGAAUUUACUGCAACAAGUUUCGACUGGUCUCGUUGAAUUCAGGAACAGCGAGCUUGGAUGUUGGCGUUAUAAAUUUAUAAUUUCGGAGAAAUUCACGUAUUUUGAAUUCGUUUCAAGAAAUGAUCGGGAUCUUAAAGUGUUAACCGAUCAACAAUUCAUUGAAAUUGAAAAGUUGGAGAAAAAUUUCAAACCGCGAUUAGCGACUCAAUUUUGAGUUCUCGGUACAAAUAAUAUGUCGCAACCUCGUAACCGGAGCAAUAAUUACGAGCGUUCAUCACGGGACGCUAUAUAUCAAUAAUUUCUCAAUGUCGCAAAGGGUUUAGACGUAAAAUAGUUGGAAGAAGAGCAUAAAAAUGUACGAGUUUGUGGAGAAUUCCGUAAGGAAUACCGGGAAGUGGAGUAGGCACCACUUUACAGCCUAAUUAAUGCAAUUAGCCAAACAGUUAAUUAACGUAUGUAAUACGGCGAUUAUAACGAUUCUUGUGGAUCUCGCUCGUGUUUAGUCUACGGAAGAGCGGAUCCCACCGAGGACCAGACGCUGGUAAGAGAGCGAUCGAAGCUCUCUUCGUCCAUGUGCGUGAGCAUUCCAAGUUUUCCCUCCCAAGUUUCAGCUUUCGAGCGCCAGCACACGGGGGUUUCGUUCAACAAGAAAAUAUCUGGCCAACGAGUUCGAGCCAUUCAAACCUUCGACGUUUUUUAUCCCAACGAGAUCGUUUACUCUUUUUUACACAAUUAAUUCCCCAAUCGAAUUAGCCACACUUAUUGACCUUGCUUUAUGUCUCUUUUUUACUUCUCAAGAUAUUUCUAGCAGGACUUAUUGCCACCGUUGCAUCGACGAGAUAUCAUGUACUAAAAUGGAGAACCUCCAUUCUGGCAACUGAUUGAACCGAUUCGAGGCGAGGUUGAACACUCGCGUACGCCUUACUCGAAUAAUUUUAUCUUUUGCUGUGGAUAUACCAUCUCGAAUAAUCUUGAAUUUCUUGAAAACCGAUUCUCGUGGAUCGAAAUUCAAAAUCCUAGCAGUGAAACUCGAAUCUUGGACAAUUUUGACGUCACUGUAUCCUGACGAAACUUUUUAGUGAUAAAAAUUAAAAAGAAUUACUAACAAAUUGUUUAGGAAGGUAUUCUUCAAGCAAUUAUCAGUUUUUCAUAUAGUUUCUAAAAAUAAUUCUUUUUCUGACAUUUUUCGAGAAAUUUGGGAAGAAAAACUAUAAAUAACUGGAAACUUUGCACGUGUUUUAACAAAAAAUGUAUUUUAAGUCGGACAAAAAGGCACUGAGUAGCAAAACAGCAGUUUUAUGAGAUGAAAAUUGGAAACACAGGAUGAAUGCUGUAAAAAAACUAGAGACGAGUACACUUGUGCCCUCUGGGCAGUCAUCCGUAAAAUCAUGAAAAUCAAUGGUUGUAAGACUUUCGAUUCAAGAAACAAAACGUUGUCAAAUGAAUGCAGAAGUCGCCAAGCACAUCGCAUUGCGAUCAAAAAACGUUGCAAAAGAAGAAAAAUUGGGCGCAAAAAAUUACAACCACAAAAAAUACAAAAACAAACUGUGAGCAAAAAAUUAAGAUCACAAAAAAAUUACAAACGAAAAAAAUUAUAAACCAGAUGGAAACAAAAAAAAAUUGGCCGUUGUACUCGCUACCAAGACUCUAAAUAAUAUUUGAAGAUUAUCACAAUUCAAAAAAUAUUGGUAAAAAUAUAGGGGAGAGCAGAAAACAGUGGAUAUCUCAUUCGUCGAAUUGGUAGGUGAUUUGCCAUAACGAAUGAGGAUAAGCGAUCGUCAAUGAAACUAUCAUUGGUUCGAUUCAAUAAGAUUCGUCUUUUAGGGAACAAAAUGUUCAACGAAACUCCAUUUUUCGAUGAAACGAGAGAGCGAAGCUGGUUCACCAUGAAAAUAUUUACAAUGUCAUAGUCCAUCUGAGUUUUCCAACGAGGUCAAGGUCCUCUCUCGGACGCGAACGCGUGUGUAACCAUUCGGCAAAAAUGGUAAUUCAGGGAUCUCCGAUCCAACGAUUUCCUUCCUUGCUAAUGCUCUCCACUAUUUUCUAAAGAUUUAUCGAAAAUUAUGACUUUUUCUUUCCAACCUUUUUCUCAUUCGGAAUCAGGACCUUGCCGAAAAAUUACCAGUUUAAAUCGGUGUUGAUUUUCGUUUUAUUAUUUAAAUAAUAAAAGAUUAACCAAAA